GGGCAGUGAAGGGUCAGGCAAGCCUUGGAGAAGAGAUGCCCGGCAAACAGUUGGUUGAGGAACAGGUGGUGGUGGGGACUGCGGAGAACGGAGCUGAGGAGGACCUGGGGGGCCUCACGAUGGAGGAGCUCCGGCAGGGCCAGGAGGCAGCCCUGGCGCUGGAGGACAUGAUGACGCUGAGCACCCAGACCCUGGUCCGAGCUGAGGUGGACGAGCUCUACCAGCAAGUGCGACCCCUGGGCCAGGGCCGCUUCGGCCGGGUCCUGCUGGUCACCCACCGUCAGAAAGGCACGCCCAUGGCGCUGAAGCAGCUCCCAAAGGCCUCCACUUCCCUCCGGGGCUUCCUGUACGAGUUCUGCGUGGGGCUCUCGCUGGGCAGGCAUGCAGCCAUCGUAGCAGCCUAUGGCAUUGGCAUCGAGUCAGCCAACUCCUACAGCUUCCUGACGGAGCCCGUCCUGCACGGGGACCUCAUCGCCUUCAUCCAGCCCAAGGUGGGCCUCCCCCAGCCAGCAGCCCAGCGCUGCGCAGCCCAGCUGGCCUCAGCCCUGGAGCACAUCCACUCCCACGGCCUCGUGUACCGGGACCUCAAGCCGGAGAACGUGCUGGUGUGCGACCCGGCCUGCCGGCGGGUCAAGCUGACCGACUUCGGCCACACGCGGCCCCGUGGGACCCUGCUGCGCCUGGCUGGGCCGCCCAUCCCCUACACAGCCCCUGAGCUCUGCAGCCCCCCACCCCUCCCCGAGGGCCUGCCCAUCCAGCCCGGCCUGGACGCGUGGGCUCUGGGCGUCCUGCUCUUCUGCCUUCUCACCGGCUACUUCCCCUGGGACCAGCCCCUGGCCGAGGCCGACCCCUUCUACGAGGACUUUGUCAUCUGGCAGGCCUCGGGCCAGCCCCAGGACCGGCCCCAGCCCUGGUUCGGCCUGACGCCCGUGGCAGAUGCUCUGCUGUGGGGGCUGCUGGACCCUCAGCCCCGGAAGAGGAGCCCCGUGAGCUCCGUGCGGGGCUACCUGGGGCGCCCCUGGAGGCAGCGGGAGGGGGAAGCGGAAGAGGUGGACAUGGGGGACGAGGAGGACAGAGAGUGAGAAGGGCCUGGGCCACCCUGGAGACUUGGAAGGGGAGCCAGGUGCCACAUCCUGAGGUCUCCUCGGCGUUCACAUGGUGGGUUUCGGCUUCUUUCUGCCUAUUUUCAUCUCUAUCCCAUUAUUUUCCCCUUUCUGUCCUCUGUGUCUCCCACUCAACAGACCGUCUCCCUCCCUUGGGCUGUGGGGCCGCUGGGAGCUGUGUGGCUACCCCGCUGUCCCCACUUCCCCUUUGCCUGUGGUCUCUUGGCUCCUUCCUCACCUCCUGCAGACGCCCCUCCUCAGGCUGCCCCACCGGCACCCCAACCCCCCAGUCUCUGCUCUCCUCGGGUCACUUGCUCUCUUCUAGCUGUGCAAUUUAUUCAUUGUGGUUAUUUUGUGGGUCCUGCCGGAAUGUGAGCUCCUGGAAGGCGGGGUCUCGGCCUGUCCUGUUUGCUGACGUGUCCUCCAGAGCUGGAGCCAUCCUGGCCCUUAGUAGGUGGUCAGUAAAUGCUUGCUCAGUAAACGAGCCCGUCUGGUUUUGCACCGCCCCCCUCCACGUCCCUCUUCUCUUCUCUCUUGCUGGGUUCCACUCACUCCCUCUGCCCUUUUUCUUCCUCCCGCAUGCUAGGCUGCCGCCCUCUCAAUAAUGUGCUUUCUCUUCUCUC